AUGGGCUGCAACGGUUCCAAAAGCGCCGAGGUAACUGAAAACCAGAAGCCAGAGGAGCAACCAAAAGCUGAAGAAGCUGCACCAGCUGAGCCUGAAGCGAUUGAGGUAAAGCCCGAGGAACCCGCCGCUGAGGAAGAAGAAGAAGCACCAGCACCAGCUGCGUCUCCCGAGCCAGAGAAGGAAGCCACCCCUGAGGCUGAGGCUGAGCCAGAAAAGGAGGCAACUCCUGAGGCCGAGGAAGCUCCAGCCAAGGAAGACUCCCCAGCACCCGCCGAAGAGGCCCCAGCAGAGGAGGAAGCCGCCCCAGAAGCCGCAGAAGAGCCAGCCCAGGAGGAAAGCAAUGAUGAAUAA